UAAUAAUACUAAUAAUAUCUUAGAUAAUCAACUGAUAGUUAAUUUCUUUAGUAAUACUGAACUGAGUAAGCAUGUUAUUGUACAUCGGUCAGAUCAUUCUCAGACUUCAGCUGAGGAAAGAGAUUUAUUUACUCACUGAAGAUGAUUAAUACAGCACUCGACGAGCAUUAGCUGAGAUCCGGCCAGUCUCUGUGCAGCGUUCAGGACACAGCCAUCACACACUCUCUGGCACAGGCCUUUUUUCCACAAGGUCAGUGUUUUAACAAGGAGCUUUUUUUUUUUUUUUAUCAUUUAUUUUAGCCGUUAACCUUUCUGUGAAUUUCCAGAGGUGGUGGCACCUGCUGCAGCGUUGAAUAUACAUGACACAAGAGGCAGUGAGACGCUGCAAUGAGAUUUAAGUUGACACACUGACCCCAUCUCCAUGUGCACGGGAAACCAGGGCUGCUGAACAGGAUGGCUGCUGAGGAGCGGCACAUGACGUCCAGCUGUGGUUCCUACAUCAAGACAGAGCCCUCCAGUCCGUCCUCUCUGGUGGACACGGCCAGCCACCCCAGUCCCGGCGCACAUUCGGACGCCAGCGGCGGCUACGGCAGCGUCAUCAACAGUCACUCCAACGGCCUGGACUCUCCACCCAUGUUCACAGGGGGCGGGCCGCUAAGCGCGGCCGGGAGUGCCUGCCGCAAACGCUACGAGGACUGUUCCAGCACGUUACUGGAGGACCCUGGCUCCAUCAAGUGCGAGUACAUGCUCAACUCCAUCCCAAAACGCCUGUGCCUGGUGUGUGGAGACAUCGCGUCAGGGUAUCACUACGGUGUGGCCUCCUGUGAAGCCUGCAAGGCCUUCUUCAAGAGAACAAUACAAGGUAACAUCGAGUACAGCUGUCCGGCCACCAAUGAGUGCGAGAUCACGAAAAGAAGACGCAAGUCCUGUCAGGCGUGCCGCUUCAUGAAGUGCUUGAAAGUGGGCAUGCUGAAGGAAGGUGUUCGGCUAGAUCGCGUACGAGGAGGCCGACAGAAAUACAAGAGGAGAAUGGAUGCAGAAAACACAGCCUACCUGGGGCUCACACUGCCACCGCCAGCCAAAAAACCCUUGACGAAGAUCGUGUCCCAUCUGCUGGUAGCGGAGCCAGAGAAGAUCUACGCCAUGCCAGACCCCACCAUGCCUGAGAGCGACAUCAAAGCGCUGACCACGCUGUGUGACCUGGCCGACCGCGAGCUGGUGGUCAUCAUCGGCUGGGCCAAACACAUCCCAGGUUUCUCCAGCCUGUCUCUGGGAGACCAGAUGAGUUUACUGCAGAGCGCAUGGAUGGAGAUCCUGAUCCUGAGCAUCGUCUUCCGCUCGCUGCCCUACGAGGACGAGCUGGUGUACGCCGAGGACUAUGUGAUGGACGAGGAGCACUCGCGGCUCACGGGCCUGCUGGACCUCUACGUGUCCAUCCUACAGCUCGUGCGCAAGUACAAGAAACUCAAGGUGGAGAAGGAGGAGUUCGUCACGCUGAAGGCCAUCGCACUCGCCAACUCAGACUCCAUGCACAUAGAGGACGUGGAGUCGGUGCAGAAGCUCCAGGACGCCCUUCACGAAGCGCUGCAGGACUACGAGAGCUGUCAGCACACAGAAGACCCUCGGCGGGCGGGGAAGCUGCUCAUGACGCUGCCGCUGCUCCGGCAGACAGCCACCAAGGCCAUCCAGCACUUCUACAGCAUCAAGAUGCAGGGCAAGGUGCCCAUGCACAAACUCUUCCUGGAGAUGCUGGAGGCCAAGGUCUGAUUGGCUGCUCGUCGCGUGACAUCAUCGAGCCAGAGACUGCGGAGCACAGCUUGAGACGUUUUUAAAGACCUGAAAAAAAUAAUAACUGGGUUUAAAGCAUAAAUAUAAAUGGAAAAAUAAUUUAAAAAUCUAUAACAAAUACUAUGUACUUGUACAGUGAUGCUUUUUGUUCUUAAUCUGUGCUUAUAUAUGAUGGAAGACACUGUAAGUCAUUUCAGUUCAGCAAAUAGUCAUUUUUUUCUUUCUGCUAACUCUCCGUACUUGUCGCCAACAACCUCAGUCCGGCCCUCGGACGACGCCAGGACACCUUGAGGACUUGUAAAUAUUCAUGGCAGGAUUUGGCCGAGGCUGGAUGUGGAAGCUGCUGCCGGUUCUUCCCUAAAUGUGAACUUGCUGACGUCCUUGAAAAUACCUCUUCUUGAAUCCUGGGAGGACGACGCUUGUGACGCGUUCAUCCGGGAUCUCAGUCAUCUUACUCUAGUAACUCAGCAAUAAAUCGAGCCGAUGAGGAGCGCCACCUCUUGAGUUGCACUGUACUGCUUUUUUAAACGACUUGUUAUUGUUGUCGCUGAUGUUUUGGCCUGGAUGUAGUUUCAAAGGAUUUACGACGUGUGGCAGAAGUCCAGGACGCUCCGUGUUAAAACAAUCAGAUGCCCAUAUGUCAAACAACCUAUCUUGGGCUUGUUAAGCCACCGGCGGAGGAAACGAUGUGCCCGUCAUCAUCUGCUCAGACCCUGCCAGGACUUUUAUAGCCAUGUAUCUGAAUGAAGGUGGGCGGCAGGUGCAGGUCUUUAUCACCAGCUUUAUUUUUAGGUCUUGGAAGUCGACAGCAGAUUGAACAGGAGGGGUGUUUGACCUCAUGUUGACACAAUAGCAUCGCUUCGAAAAUGGCUUUCGAACUCGCCGGCACCAUAAACAGCUUAUUACCCCUCGAUCCACUUGACAGCAGACCACCGUACGGCCAUUAGUCCGAGAUAUCCAUUAGGAAUGGAUUCAAUGCUGUGACUGAAGGGUCACAGGGUUUGAUUGUGUCCUGGGGUUGCGUUUCCCAAAAGCAGCUAUGGUCACCAACAUACAGUCAUUUAGCGAGUCGGUGUUUCCCGAAGCCAGAUGUCCGCGAAGACCAUCACAAGCUUGAUUAAGCUCACAUUAAGCAAGAUAACAUGCAGUGCAUUCUAUAGCCUUCAUUGCAUUUACAUUUUCAAUUCAAUUGUUUGGAUUAAAUGCUGAAAUAAAGCAACCAAUUACAUAACACAUGAUAAUGUGAUUUAAAAAAACAAAUGGCUUUCUGUUGUUCGUGGAAAUUAACUAUAACAAUCAGACAUUAAAUGUAUGGUAAAAGUAAUAAAAUUAGCAAAAAUGUCUGAAGCACUUUCAAAGCUGUUGCAUGGUAUAUUCAUGUGAACUAAAUCUGCGUGACUGCAAAACUCUCGAUAACGCGUAUUAUGAUUAGAUUUCGCCUGUAAAAGUGACCACAUCUUGUUUGCAAUCUUGAACUGAAUAAUUAGCAGUUAUUAUUACUCCACUACUGGAGUGUGAAAUCAUUAACGACGGGUCUAUUUUGUUAUCAGCGACGGAAGUGUGAACGUGCUACUACCGUUUUGGGAAACAGUUGUGACCAGUUAGUUGCAUUGCACUUUGGUGGUUAAGCAGCGAGUUUUGUCAUGUUUGGGAAACGCACCCAAGGUCGAAUCUCUCUCUGCAACAAUCUCGAGCCGACCAGACGAGAUAGCGAGCGAGAAGAUAAUACAGGGAUUCAUUUUAUAUGCAGCGGCGCAACUGUGUGGAUUCGCAUUAGGGAUCAAUUCUGAUUGAAAUCAUGCUUCAAGCUACAGCACACAAAUGCUAAAUUCACAUGACACUGAGUUUGAAUACGCAAUUCAUAACAUAACGCAAUAGUACCUUAAUGCUUCAUGAACAUCUGUUAGUCCUACACUGAGAUGAACACAUAGUAAUGAACAUAUAUGCAACAUUCACGUAGCUACCUCAUCAUUCAUCCACGUCUGGACAUUCUGUAAAUACUCCUCUGUUUUGUAGUGCCCUUUAUUUCACCCGUUUCUGUCGUGUGGACGGUAACACAACUUCUGGUAUCACUAGAUAAGUAGGUUAACUUCUCAUACCAUACUAACCACCAAAGCACACUACACUCUUACCAUGUCCUGUUUGGUGAACAGAUCUAGGUGCUUUUUUUCUACUUUUUUUGACAACGGGACACUUGGACACAUUCAUCAUCUACCCAAAAACACAUUAAUGUGUGAGUGGCAUGAAUGUUGAUCUGUGGCUCUCCGUUCACGGUUUAGGAAGGAAAAGAUGCAUAUCUGUAAAUGCUGUCUUUUAUUUAUUUGCUUCUCUGCAGCAUGUCAGGGUCAGAAUUGGUCCCUCAAUGUUCAAAAUGACGAAGGCUUUUGUGUUUCUCCUCAAGAUAUUGAUUGUGUAUAUUAUAUCACUUUGGCCACACUGUACUGUACAAUAAUAUUGUUCAUUUAACAAAAACCUGUGUCACUUUCUUUUUUAUGUCACAAAUGAAAAAGUAACAAAGGCGUACUCUCAAAGCUC